UGAAAAUAAAAAAAAGUUAGAUUUCAGUCUUUGGUUUCUUGGCUUAGUUACGUGUGAGUAUACAGUUAAGUGAGCAGCUACAUGCCAGACCUACAUGCCUUCGAUCGACCACAUCUCCAUCUUUUUUCCAUUGCGCUCUUCAGGCAGUGUGCAGCAUCCGCAGAGAGUGCUUUCCCAUUUGAGCAUGCAGAAGAGAGACAAUACCAGCCUUUAUGCUUCUAUUGGAAAAAUGUGCUGUCCUUCACAUUGUUGUGUCUGAUAAUAUGUGAGCGUGUGCAAUUUGGAACAGAAUCAAACUCUGUAUAAAGACACUAGUAGGGAAAUGUGACUCAUUACCAUUUUGUAUUGUGAAAAUUGGCUUUGAUGAGCUAAGAGGCAUGUGGCAAUAACAGAGUUUUGGAGUGUGAUCAAACCCAAUCUCAAUCUGUCAGAUCUUCUGUCUGUCUGCCUCAUGUCUUUGUAUAUUUCCCAUGUAUGACCUACAUAAACUUCAAUUAAUACUCACUUGUGUUUGCUUCAACUUGUUAAACUUCUUCUCUUGUUCCUCUUUCACUGUAAUUCGCCGUUUUUUUCUUUUCUCUUUUAUAAAAGCUCCAUCCUUUUAUUGACCAACGCAGUAACAUCUGUUAUCAGGGCUGUAGCCAACAGGCAGGAAUGUGGGAUUUAGCUCAAAGCAGCAUGUAUAGGCAGGUCCGUGCUGUUUUGAAUAGGAGCAGGUAUCCUCUAAAUGAAGAUGUAGAGAGACUAGAGAGACAGAAAAUAGCCCAGUUACAUUUUCUGAGGACUUUUAUGCUGUAAAGCUUGAUUUAAUGCUCAAAAAUGGAGGCUUUGUGUUUGUUGGACACUUGGCAGAAGGAUUCUCAUGUCCCUGAGCGAGUAAGUGACACGCUGGUCAUGGAUAGUUUGAACCAAAAUCUUAGCAGUGGACAUCAGUCUCAUCAGCUGCUCCAGAGCACUCCACUGGAUUUGAUCGAGACUGGGAAAGCACUGAAGGUCCAAGCGGAGCGCCCCCAUUUGGUCAGUCUAGGAAGUGGCCGUCUCAGUACAGCCAUCACCCUCUUACCCCUGCCUGAAGGGAAGACCACUCUGGGUCAUGGAGCCAUGGACAUCAACAUCCAGGGCCCAGGGAUCGCAGCUCAGCAUUGCUUUAUCGAGAACAGGGCUGGAGUCAUCACACUGCACCCCUGUGGAAACCAGUGUAGCAUGGACGGACUACCGGUCACCAAACCUGUGCGCCUGUCUCAAGGCUGUAUGCUGUGUUUCGGCCAGUCCGCGUUCUUCCGCUUCAACCACCCCGAGGAGGCUUUCCGAAUGAAAAGCAUGAUGCCUGAGGGAGGACAGAAAGCCAGUGUGAAAAACUGGGCCCACACAGAUUCUGAGAACCUGGUCAAUGGGAACCACCCGUCGGGAGCGCCAAAACCUCACUUGGUCUCCAACGAGAGAGUGCGCCCUGAGCACAGUGCCAUCGUUAGUUCCAUUGAGAAGGACCUUCAGGACAUUAUGGACUCAUUAGUCAUGGAUGACCCUCAACCCUCUUCCUCUGAGUCAAAGAAGCCUUCUGGUCAGCCCAUCUCCCAGUCUCCCCUGUCUCCCAUGUUAAAUGGAGGGGGGCGCUUUCUUCUCUCACCUCCAACGAGCCCUGGUGCUAUGUCUGUGGGCUCCAGUUAUGAGAAUACCUCCCCUCCUUUCUCUCCACUCUCGUCCCCGUCGGCCGCCAGCAGUGGCAGCUGCACCAGUCCCUCGCCGAGUGGUUGUCAGGACCAGCUUCAUACGCUUCCUCCUGUGCCAGUGAGGUCUUCUAGUUACAAUUACACCAGCCAGCCACCCAUACCUCAGCCACGGACCAUACUGCCCAACUAUUCCGGCGGCAGCAGUGGGCCAAAGGUGCCUGAGAGUCCCAGACUCCAGCGAAAGGCUCUUUUAGAAGCACCGCCAAGCCCAAAGCCAAGUCGUAGGGGGUUGAACCAAGACAGCUCGGUGGCUAAAACCCCAGACAGCCCCAUACAGACUCACAUUCUGCCCUCAGUCUCCAUCUCUACUGCUCCGACUGAUGCGCCAUCUGUUAGUCGGGUACCAGUUCCAGGUAGCCCCAGAUUCUCCCCCAAAUUCUCCACCGCAUCCCCAUCCUCCUCACCCUCUAGUCCCAGAACCAAAACUGCCAUUGUUCUCCAGGAUCGUCCCUCAAGUCCUUUCCGGGAGCAGCCUCAGCCAGACCGCUCCUUGGCGUCCAGCCCCUCUCACCAACUAUCCCCACCCUCGCGAUCUUUCCAGCCCCCCUUAGACCCCAUUGUCCACAUCAUUCAGGGUGGACCUCCACACCCGCAUCCUCGCACACUGCAGCCUCCAGAAAGUCCGCGGCUGGCCCGCAGGAACCUUGAAGGGAGCAGCAUGAGGGAACUUCCCCCUCUCAGCCCCUCUAUAGCCCGCAGGGGGGUUCCUGUGCUCCCAGGAGCUCUACCAGGAACCCUGCGGACUCCAGAGAGCCCAUGCCCAAGAGUUGUGCCAGAGAGUCCCAGACUCCGACGGAAAGCAGGGUCUCCUACAGAGGAGCCGUUUAGUCCUCGUGGGGUGCGUGCUCGUAGUCCUUCACCCACCUCCGGACUGAUGGGGGAAGGCAGUGGACGGAAGGGCAGUUUUGGGAACUCGUUGUCUUCGGCCUUCAGCCUGGGUUCUCUACCUGGGUCAUCGCCCCGAUCAAGUCCCAGGAGCCACCGGAAGAUGUCAGCAGGCCACAGGGACCUCCGGAUGCCUCACCCAGGGAUGAGGGAGCGCAAAAACAGCAUUACGGAGAUCAGUGACAACGAAGAUGAUCUUCUGGAGUACCACCGACGCCAAAGAGAAGAGCGACUCAGAGAGCAGGAAAUGGAGAGGCUGGAACGGCAGCGGCUGGAGACAAUCUUGAACCUAUGCGCCGAGUAUAACAAGGGCGAUGGGCCAGCGGGAGAUCUAGGCAGGAUGGGCGUCUCUGGGUUUGGCUCGAGGGAUGGGCUUAACAGACGUCCUUCCAUGGACAGUGUGAGCAGCGCUUCCCUGAGGGUGGCACAGAGACAUCGUGAGAGCCAAGAGGAGAACCUGAAGGAGGACAGCAGUAGCACUGAGAGUGCGCAGCAGGACGGACGGACCCUGCCAGUGCUCCUAAAUGGACAAAAUGGACAGGCAGAGGACUCUCUCGGAUCAGGCAGCAUUGGCCGUCUGGAACUGGGGUACCUGGAGGAGGAGCGGGUCCGAGUGCUGGCAAAGGUAGAUGAGCUCAAAGCUCGAAUCACAGAACUGGAGCAGCAACUUCAGGAGUCCAAACAGGAGGCGGAGAUGGAGAGAGCUCUGCUGCAGGGAGAGAGACAGGCCGAGCUGGAGCAAAUCGAGGCUGAGACUGAGAUUAUCAGCCAGCUGCAGCGCAAACUCAGCGAACUGGAGAGCACCAUCCAGAGAGAGAAAGACAAGGCAUACCAUUCUGCCGGAUGGCCACUCAAGGCCCAUUCUGGUCUCGAUUGCCAUCCCAAGGAGAGGGCUAAUGUUGACGUGGAGCGGGAAGCCCUGGAGAGGCUUCAGGAUGGGUACAAUGAGUUGACGAGCCAGCUCCAUAACUGCCCUGAGUCUCUGAGGGAGCAGUUACAGGAACAACUCAAGAGGGAAGCCGAGACUCUUGAGGCUGCGACAAAGCAGUUUGAGGACCUGGAGUUCCAGCAGUUAGAGAAGGAAAGCAGUCUAGAGGAGGAGCGUGAGACCAUCAGCCAGCAGCUGCUGCAGGACAGAGCUCAGUACCACAGCAGCGUCACCAAAAGAAAGGACAAGGUUGCAGCAUUGGAAAGCCAGGCCAGUCAGCUGGGAAUGCAGGCUGCUCAGGAGUAUGAGAGGCUGGCCAAGGACAGAAGCAUCACCUUCCAGCUGCUACAGAAGGAAAAAGAAAGGCUGGCCAGUCUGGAGAGAAGAUACCAGAGCCUAACUGGUGGAAAGCCGUUCCCCAAAAGCUCCAAUACUAUAAAGGAGGAUGUGCUUCACAUCAGCGAGGCUGACCUGUUAGACGGUGACCAGCCCUACUCCUCCCCUUUUCAUGCUUCCUCAUUCCACUCAUAUCCCAUCAUGCCUCAGGAGGAGUACUUGAAGAUGUCGGAUGUUUAUAAGAUGUAUGGGAGUGAUUGCCAUGACAUCCAGCUCACCAACGCUUCCUCACAUGGCCUCUCGCUUGCCCUUGACCCAGCUGUAACUGCCCCCCGUGAGGAGUAUGUGACUGUCGGCCAAUUAAACCAGAUCUAUGGGAUGCCGAAGGUGGAGUCUUCCCCUACCUCACCAAUCCAAUUACUUCAGACUUCUCUAGCAGACUCCGCCUUCUCCUGCCUCCCCUCCCCUCAUGGCUCCUCCCUCUCUCUCUCCUUUGAGCGUCAGUCGGAUUGGGGCAGGCCUCAGAUGCCGGCUCUAGAUUUAGAUCGCUGGUACCAGGAGGUAAUGGCAGCUGGAGAAACAAACCAGCUCUGCCCUCCUCCCCUCCCGGCUAAAGCUUUCUCAUCACGCAAGCCUGUGCAGGUGUACCGCUCUCGACUGGACAGUGAUUCCAGCCAAUCGUCACUGAGACCGAAAAUCAGCGCCGGUCUGUCCCCCACAUACACUACGGCUACACUGGGACGCAACACUCCUGCCAGGAGUCCUCUGAUGGUAGCCAACAGCACCGGGAGUCUCCCACGCAACCUGGCAGCCACCCUGCAGGACAUCGAGACCAAGAGGCAGCUGGCUCUUCAGCAGAAAGGUCAGCAGGUUAUUGAGGAGCAGCGGAGGCGUUUGGCCGAACUGAAGCAGAAGGCUGCAGUAGAGGCUCAGUGCCAGUGGGAGGCGCUCCAUGGCUCUCAAACUCAACUCAACAAUCCCUUUUCGUCAACCUCCGCGCCAGUCAUGCACCACUCCAUCCUGCACCACACAGCGCCCUCUUCUGGGGAACAACCGUAUGACACCCUCAGCCUGGAGAGCUCAGACAGCAUGGACACAAGCAUCUCCACUGGAAACAACUCUGCCUGCUCUCCCGACAACAUGUCCAGUGCCAGUGGUAUGGAUGCACUGAAGAUCGAAGAGAUGGAGAAGAUGUUGAAGGAGGCACAACUGGAGAAAGCUCGACUCAUUGAGUCCAGAGAACGAGAGACUCAGACCCGUAAACUCAUGCUAGAGGAAGAGAGAAGAAGAAGGGAGGAGGCGGAGAAGAGACUGCAGGAGGAGACCGUACACAGACAGCAGCUGAUAGAGAAGGAGGUGAAGAUGAGGGCCAAAAACUUCUCUCAGGCCCGUCCGAUGACACGAUACCUGCCCAUUCGCAAAGAGGAGUUUGACCUCCGUUCCCACAUCGAGUCCUCAGGUCACAGCGUGGACACGUGCUACCACGUGAUUCUCACCGAAAAGAUGUGCAAGGGCUAUCUUGUCAAGAUGGGAGGGAAGAUCAAAUCCUGGAGGAAGCGCUGGUUCGUCUUUGAUCGCCUUAAAAGGACAUUUUCCUACUACGCCGAUAAACACGAGAGCAAAUUGAAGGGCGUCAUCUACUUCCAGGCUAUUGAGGAGGUUUACUACGAUCACCUGCGCAGUGCCACAAAGAAAGGAUUUUUCAAUCUGAAUUUGACAAACAGCCCCAACCCCUCCCUGACCUUCUGCGUGAAGACGCACGACAGACUGUAUUACAUGGUGGCCCCCUCGGCAGAGGCCAUGAGGAUCUGGAUGGAUGUGAUAGUGACAGGAGCCGAGGGCUACACGCAGUUCAUGAACUGAGAUGAAAACCACCGCUGCUUGCUGACCCACGCGUCAAAACGGAAAACGAUCGGCAGGGAGACUUUAAAUGACCCAGACCUGUUAUUCCCAACGAGAGGAAAAACUUUAUUUUGUUACUUCCUUUUUUUUUUUCUUCUUCUUCUUCUCGUGUUUCCUGAAGAUGUUGUAUAUUCACUCAGCCGCACAGACAGAUAUCCACCAGAGGUUUUCCACGUCUGCCUGGAUUGAAAAAGGGAGCUCUAGAAGACGGAAAGACCCGGUGAACCAAACCUGCAGGUGGUGGCUCACUCGCCAUCUACGAAAAUGCCUUUUUGCCGUCAGAGAUAUUUUUCAGUUGCAGUUUAUCUUGUCUGGAUGUGCAGAAACAUGUAAUAGACUUUCAUUUGUAACGUUUGUCCCACGAUUUGUCUUUUCAAACAUAAUGGGAAAAAUGCCAAAUGACAUCAAGCCAUUCUGGAAUAGCAUCGCGCUAAAAAUUCGAUGGGAUUGAUUGACCGACGCGAAACGGCGAGAGAGUAUUUUGAGAGAAUGCUGCAGUACGUGAUGUUUUAAAUUAAAUUUACAAGAGUAUACUAUUCACAUUUAAAGAUCCAGUAUCACAGAAACAAAGACUUAAUCCACCAAAGCUCACCUACCAGCUCAGGAGUCUAUAUUUAUUGUAGAGGGACAUCAGUGACUCCUGUCCAACUGUAUCCCACUGUGUUCCCAGCUUAUUCUUUUAGAUACAGAACCACAACCGCAUUCACACACACCAUGUACAACUGUAGAGUCUAUUUGCCAAGUCCUGACAACUUGAUCUUGUGAUUUGACUCCCAAGGGAGGCAGCCAUUUCCUAUCACUGCCAGCCUAUGAGAGUUUGGAAUAAUUGCCACAAACAGGAGAAAAAGAAACAACGUCAUAAUCAUGCAAGUUAUGCAGUGCCUUGAUAUUGACCCAUAUUUGUCACUCUUAGUGUUUGAACUGUUACACUAGUGAAAAAUUGCUGGAAUCACAGGCUUAAAGGGUCAGUUCACCCAAAAAUGUCAUUAAUUACUCACCCUCAUGUCGUUCCACACCCGUAAGACCUUUGUUCAUCUUCGGAACACAAAUUAAGAUAUUUUUGAUGAAAUCUGUGAGAUAUA